AACUGCUUCCAGCUUCGUUCAUUCUUGGUAUAUUCUACGUCCAUGCUUGUUUCUCAGUAAAGCUUCAUUCUGUUUCCUUCGUUUUCUCAGCCAUUAAUACUGAGAAAACAUACGUUUCUUUUCCCAAGAAAAACCCAUCUCCCUCACGAUUCAUUACCAAUAAUUAAUCUUCUUCGUAACUUUCCCUUUGCAAUCUCUUUACAUGGGUCCUUAUCAAAAUUGGAUUUUGAUUACUGCGUUUGCUUUGUUUCUCAGUCUUGCUGCAGCUUGCUCCAAUGGAGAGUGCAGGCUUCUUGAUGAAUGUUUAUCGGAUGGAGAUUGUGAGGCUGGACUCUACUGUUUUUCUUGCGGUCAAGGAUUUUCAGGCUCCAGAUGUGUGAGAUCCACCAUUACAGACCAAUUCAAGCUCCUGAAUAAUUCUCUUCCUUUCAAUAAAUAUGCAUUCUUGACGACUCAUAAUGCUUAUGCCAUUGAUGGAUAUCCAUCUCACACUGGGGUGCCUCGAGUCACCUUUACAAAUCAAGAAGAUAACAUCACUCAACAGUUAAAUAAUGGAGUCAGGGCAUUGAUGCUUGAUACCUAUGAUUUUGAUGGAGAUGUUUGGUGUUGCCAUUCAUUUGGAGGAAAGUGUCAUGACUAUACUGCAUUUGGACCAGCUAUAGACCUUUUAAAGGAAGUUGAAGCAUUCUUAUCAGCAAACCCAUCAGAAAUUGUGACCAUAAUCUUGGAAGAUUAUGUUCAAGCCCCAAAUGGAUUGACAAAUGUAUUCGUUGAUGCUGGAUUGAUGAAAUACUGGUUUCCAUUGUCUAACAUGCCAAAAAAUGGUGAAGACUGGCCGCUGGUCAGUGACAUGGUUGCUAAUAACCAUAGACUGCUAGUUUUUACUUCAAUUCAGUCCAAGGAAGCAAGUGAAGAAAUUGCUUAUCAGUGGAAUUACAUGGUGGAGAAUCAAUAUGGGGAUGGGGGGAUGCAUGCUGGAAGCUGUCCAAACAGGGCAGAGUCAGCACCACUCACUGACAAGAGAAAAUCUCUGGUCCUGGUAAAUUACUUUGGGUCUGUUCCUGUUAAGGAAAUGACAUGUGAAAAUAACUCUGGGGCUCUUAUCAACAUGCUUCAAACCUGUUAUGGCGCGGCUGCUAAUAGAUGGGCAAACUUUGUGGCCGUUGAUUAUUAUAAGAGGAGUGAAGGAGGAGGGGCAUUUCAAGCUGUGGAUACAUUAAAUGGGAAGCUGUUAUGUGGAUGUGAUGAUAUUCAUGCUUGUGUGCCUGGAUCAACGUCAGGGCCAUGCACACCCCUGUGAGAUUAUCACACGGCAAAAGACAAAGGAAAUUCAUGAGUAAGGACUCCAUCAAUAUCCUCUGAAGUUAAUGUUUGGUUAUAAAUCAAGUUCUAUCAAUAGAUAAGUUGGUCCAUGAACAAGUGUAAAUAUACAAAAUAGAAUAAACCCAUUUUGAAGUUGGGCUGGAUAUAGAGAUCCACUGUUUUUAAAAUUGGACCAGUAAAAAAGGGCUUCAUGGAGCCAAAACCAUUUCUUCUUUUCCAUUUGGUUAGCAUAUAAUGCCUUGUGUUGGACCAAAAGGGGAAUUAUUAGGAUUAUAUGUGACCCUUAUUGAGUAUUAAACUUCUUAACAUUCA